CUGACGCCCCCUCUCGCCCGCAGUGUGAAGGUCUGGGACCUGCCGCAGCAGGCGGUGCUGCGCUCCUACAGAGCUCACUCCGGUUCAGUGACACGUGUGGCUUCCUGUCCUGGUAAAGACACUGUGUUCCUGUCCUGUGCUGAGGACAGCAGAAUUUUACUGUGGGACACCAGAUGCCCCAAACCAGCCACUCGAAUCGUUUGCAGUGCCUGUAAUCACCUCCCUACCUCAGUCAUGUGGCACCCACAGAAGAGUGAUGUCUUUGCUUUGGGUGACGAGAGUGGAACGGUUGCACUAGUGGACAGAAGGAACCCAGACUCUGCCCUCAGCUCCUCCGUGCACACCCGAAGCAUCACAGGCUUUGCAUUUUCUGCACACAGUUCACCCUUGCUGGCUUCCAUCAGUGAAGACUGUUCAGUAGCUGUUCUUGACUCAGACCUCUCAGAGGUGUUCCGGAGCCGUUCUCAUCAGGACUUCGUGACGGGCGUGUCCUGGUCCCCCUCAGAGGAUGCCUUGCUGACCACUGCUGGGUGGGAUCAUCAGGUUUUACAUCACACUGUUCCCAUACCAGCUGGUGAAGCUUCUGGAGUCAACUGUGUAAAAGAAUAG